AUGUCACGUACACAACACGUGUUUUCUCUACGCUUACUGCAUGUAAAAGUUGCGGUGUUCAUCUUAUCACUCAUCAUUGCUUUUCAUUUCUUCUUCAGUUACCAAUCUUUCUUUCCAAUUAAGUCGUCUAUAUUCAACAUUGAUACUGGUGGAGUGGUGGACAUGAUGGAUUUGAUCGACUCUUUUCUGAAUUUGAUGGUGCCACCUGCAAGCAUGGUGAUUCUGGUCUUUGCAUGGCCAGCCUUGUGCUUUAUCCGUGCAUGUGAAUGGCUUUAUAACACCUUGUACACAGAGAAUAGUAUCCAAGACAAAGUGGUUAUAAUCACUGGUGCUUCUUCUGGCAUUGGAGAGCAAAUUGCAUAUGAAUAUGCGAGGAGGAGGGCGAACCUUGUGUUGGUUGCCAGGAGAGAACAUCGACUUCGAGGCAUCAGUGAGAAAGCAAGACAUAUCGGUGCAAAGAAUGUCAUCAUAAUUGCUGCAGACGUUGUGAAGGAAGAUGAUUGUAGGAGAUUUGUUAAGGAAACCAUAAACUUCUAUGGCCGUGUGGAUCAUCUGGUGAAUGCUGUGAGUUUGGGACAUACAUUCUACUUUGAGGAAGUUACAGACACCUCAGUGUUUCCCCAUCUGUUGGACAUAAACUUCUGGGGUAAUGUUUAUCCAACAUUUGUUGCUCUUCCGCACCUACAUCAAAGCAACGGCCGAAUCAUCGUGAAUGCAUCAGUUGAGAACUGGUUACCAUUGCCAAGAAUGAGUUUGUAUGCUGCUGCGAAAGCUGCACUCGUAAAUUUCUACGAGACUCUCAGGUUAGAAGUAACUAACGAGGUUGGAAUAACAAUCGCAACACAUGGUUGGAUCGGAGGUGAAAUGACAGGAGGAAAGCUUAUGCUAGAAGAGGGAGCAGAGAUGCAGUGGAAAGAAGGACGAGAACUAGCAGUUAGUGGUGGGGCAGUGGAAGAGUUUGCCAGGCUGAUCGUAUCAGGGGCUUGCCGGGGGAAUGCUUAUGUGAAGUACCCCAGUUGGCAUGACACUUUCCUCCUCUAUAGGACUUUUGCACCCAAUGUACUUAACUGGAUUCUUCGACUUCUCCUCUCAGUUCAUGGUACGAGGAGAACUUCCAUGAUGGGCGUUGGGAGACAGCUACCGAAAGGCGCUGCCAGAUACGUAUCGGAGAGUACCUUUCCUAUGAAGCUUCCUACUGGUCCCAUAACUUUCUCCCAGCUGCAGCAGAAGAUGGAGUAG